CGUUUUUUCAAUUUUCUGUUGUAAUAGAUUCAACUAAAUUAGUCUAUUAUGUGUUUUACUGCAAACUUUGCUGUCCAUUUCGAUUUGAUUUAAAGUUCUGACGUAGUGGAAUUGCUGCGUGAGUUCAAGAGAACUUCCAAAUCGAAAUUGUAAAAAUGGCAUCUGCAUCAAUACCUGGAUUAGACUACGGUCCAGUAGAUGAAGUAGCUGCAACUCCUGAAGUUUCGGGAAUUGAAUUAAUGUCAUUCAAAUGUGAGCCUUAUAUGGUUCCAGCUCCUCAUGGGUUUGGAAAAUGUCGUCUUAUAACUGAAUUUGAGAAACUGUCAUAUAUUGGAGAAGGAGCAUUUGGAUCAGUUUAUAAAGUCAGAGAUAAAAAGUAUGAUAUAACUGUGGCUCUAAAAAAAUUAAAAAUAGAAAAAGAUGCAGGUUUUCCUAUAAAUUUCUCUCGGGAAAUAAAUUGUCUGAAACUAGUCGAGCAUGAUAAUAUUGCAAAUUUACUUGGAGUUGCUGUGGGUAGAGUCUUUGAAAGCACCUAUCUUAUUUUAGAGUAUUGUCCAUAUGAUCUUUCUAAAAUUUUAGAUGAUGAAGAAAUAAAGAAGGAAAUAAAUCACACACAUAUAAAGUCUAUUAUGCAUCAACUUUUUACUGGAUUGCAAGUUCUUCAUGAAAACUUUGUUGUGCACAGGAAUUUGACUAUGACUAGCAUUCUUUUUUCUGAAACAGGAGUUUUGAAGAUAACUGACUUUAGCAGUAGUCGACAGUUUACAAGACGGAAAAUGACUCCAAAUGUAGUCCCUAGAUGUUACAGAGCACCAGAACUAUUAUUUGGAGCAGAAGUCUAUUCAUCAGCCAUUGAUAUAUGGUCUGCUGGUUGCAUUUUUGCAGAACUCCUAUUGAAGAGACCUCUCUUCAAAACUGAAUCUGAUCUUGAUGCGAUUUCAACGUUAGUAGAUUUACUUGGAACUCCUACUGAAAGUAUCUGGCCCGGUUUUUCGGACCUUCCUCACUUGCAGAACUAUACACUUCGAGAUCAACCGCAUAACAAACUGACUUUGAAGUUUGCUGAACAGCCCACUACCUGCAUUGCUCUAUUACAUAAAAUAUUCAUAUAUAACCCUAGUAAAAGGUUUUCAGCAGAGAAAUGUUUAAUCCAUUCAUAUUUUAAUGAUAAACCUUUAGCAUGCAGUCUGGAUACCUUUUUGGCUCUUUUGAAAAAAGUGAAUGAAAUAUAAGGUAAAUGCAGAAUUGAGAAAAGGACAUUAUGGAAAAUUUUCACCAAUGUAUUUAUGCAUAAUAUGACAAAAAUGUGUACAAUUUUGAAAAAUAAGACAAGUGCUGAUCUCAGAAAAUUUUUCCUUUUAACAUAUCAUGAUCCAUAGACAAUGCUUAUUUAAAUGUCAGGUGUUUUUAAAACAAAAGCUAUUAUUUUCAUUUAUGCCAAUUAUAUCAUUGUUUAUUGUUACUUUAUGUACAGUUCUG